ACUUUAUUCGGACUUGAGGAGCGAGAGAAAGAUCGCUCGUGCUGUGUAACGUUAAUUCAUUUAUAGAGUUAAAACGGAUAUUGUUUUCAUUUUUCUUGGUUUUUAUUGCAUAGAACAGUUAAAAUUUUUACUUUCUUGUCGCGUAAUUUAUUAUGACACAUUCGAUUUCUUCAUAAAGUGUCGACGAAAAUUUGACUGUUUUGAUUGAAUGUGUAAAUGUCCGUUGGUUUUUAGUUUGGAGUACUAAACCGAGAUUAAAUAAUGUACCGGAACAACCUUACUAUAGAAUCCUGUGAUCUGUCAAACUGCAUCGAGUUCAUUGAAGAUCAGCUGUAUUUUGCUCUUCUUCAUCAGAAGGUGAAGAGCAGUCCUGACAGACACUGUUUCUGUAUAGAUGAUGAGCUCUCCUAUGAGAACUUCUAUGCGGACUUUGGCCCGCUCAAUCUGGCCAUGUUUUAUCGCUUCUGUUGCAAACUCAACAAGAAGCUGAAGUCUUGUGUUCAUGCAAAGAAGAAAAUUGUGUUUUAUACCUGUGGUGACAGAAAGAAACAAGCCAAUGCUGCGUAUUUGAUCGGCUCUUAUGCUGUAAUGCAUCUACAGAAAACACCAGAAGAAGCAUACAGUCUUCUUGUCUCUCAAAAUGCAUCGUAUCUUCCUUUUAGAGAUGCGUCUUUUGGAACUUGCAUGUACAAUCUGAAUAUACUUGACUGUCUACGGGCCGUUCACAAGGCUCUGCAGUUCGGCUGGCUGGAUUUCUCGCAGUUUAAUGUGGAGGAAUAUGAGCAUUAUGAGCGGGCAGAAAAUGGAGAUUUUAACUGGAUCAUUCCAGGGAAGUUUUUGGCUUUCAGCGGUCCUCAUCCGAAGAGCAAAAUUGAGAACGGAUACCCUCUUCAUGCCCCUGAAGCGUAUUUCCCCUACUUCAGGAAGCACAACAUCACCACCAUCAUCCGGCUCAACAAGAAAAUGUACGACGCCAAGCGUUUCACAGACAUGGGCUUCAAGCACCAUGACCUGUUCUUUGUAGAUGGUAGUACGCCCAACGACACCAUCGUCACCAAGUUCCUGAACAUCUGCGAGAAUGCUGACGGAGCCAUCGCGGUCCACUGUAAAGCUGGUCUGGGCCGAACAGGGACUCUGAUUGGCUGUUACAUGAUGAAACACUUCAGACUGACUGCAGCUGAAGCCAUCGCAUGGAUCAGGAUCUGCAGACCCGGCUCAGUCAUCGGACCUCAACAGAACUUUGUUGAAGACAAACAGACGAAUCUGUGGGCAGAGGGUGAUCUGUACCGCCAAAAAAUAAAUGAGCAGGAAAAUGGCUCAAGUAAAAUGGCAGUGGCUGGAAUCCUGUCCGGAGUAGAAGAUAUUUCCAUCAAUGGUACAAACAAGAACAUAUCACAGAGGAAAACGGCCACUGAAUCGCACACUGAGGAAGAGGAAGAGGAGUGUGGCGGUCUCACGCAAGGCGACAAACUACGAGCUCUGAAGAGUAAGAGGCAGUCCAGAGCGUCCACUGGUUCAAUAUCGUUGGAAGAAAAUACAAUGCACACCAAAUCAACAUCAAAGUCUUUAAGCUCAGAUAAAAGGAAAAGAACUCGGGCAUCACUUGGAUCCAACAGAGCCAGCAGCCCUUUACAUUCAAGGCUCGCUAAAUCUUUAGGCAGCUUGCACGUAAUGGCCUGUGAAACGGAUGGUGUGUUCUCUGAUGUUAGCGCUGCCUCUAUGGCCAACAAUAAUUUCAUCAAGCAGUCGAACUUAAAGCACUUAAAGCCACACGCAGCCCAGAGGACUUACUCUGCCAUUUCCAUGCACCGCAGUCUGAGUUCCCUCAGCUCAACGAUCUCUGUCCAGAAGAAGGAAAGUUCUUCACGCAAUGCCAUCGGUGCGCUUUCAGAGACCAUGUAACUCCAUCUCCAAAGCUCGAGCUCCUCUCCUCCGCUGAAAACGGCCGCGGAUCCAGGAAAGACCGACGUCACAGAGACUGCACUGAUGUUAUUACUCUAGUUUUACUUCUUUAUGGGUUUGUCUAAGUGAUGAUCUAUCAACAGUAUUCAACAAGGAAAUUGAAAAAAUCAGCAUUUUUAUUUUAUAAAGAGUUUUUUUUUAAAUCAGAGAGAGCUUUAAGCAUCUGUGAAGAUAAACUUUUUAUGCCAUUGUAAAUAUCAUGUGUCAGAAGCUGCCAUUAUGCAUUGCUAAACGUGUAAUAUUGUUUUUUUAAUACUGUAUCUCAUACUUGCAGUGCUCUAGAGACUGUAAAUGAAUCAUACUGUGCUAAUCAUGACUGAAAGCUGUAUAUAAGCUGAGAUUUGAUAGUUUUUUUUUUUUUACUGUAAAUACUGCAUACCUUUUUAUUUUGAUGACCAAAUUUAAAUCAUGGUAAUUUCACGUGUAUAUAUAUAUAUAUAUAUAUAUAUAUAAUAAGAAAGGAUUUGAGUCAUAGCCCUUUCAAUAAAUCCUUUCUGCAGUUGCAUUGUGGUUAAUUAAUGAACAUCAUUAUAUAUUUCUGAGUGCUUACUUUCAGUAUUGCCAAGUCCGUGGUUUCCCCAUGGAAUUGGGCUACUUUAACAAUGUUGCCGUGGGUUUUUUUUUUUUUUUUUUUAAUGUCUGUUUGUUGAAGCGACCCCACAUAACAUAAUAUUUAGUCCCUGGAAUAUGAAUGUUAUCAGGGGAACCCUGCCAAAAACACGGAUUUUACCCCCCAGAACGCGAUUUUUACACCCCCCUUAAACGCAAUUUGGCUAGUUUUGAAAACCCUGCUUAUUUUAGAUAUCCAUAAUCUGGGUUUAAUCAGAUUUUUAAGGUCUUGCUUUUGAACCCAAUCAUUUCUAUAGUAAAUAUAAAUGCUCUUUAUUGUGACUGCAAUCACUAAAAUGAUGUUUAAAAAUCAUUGCUUAGCAGACAAGAACAAAUGUAAACCAUUGAAAUUCAAGAGGGAUGCUUGUUUAUACUGUCGUUUAAAAAUAACUGCAAUGCAUUUUGAUGCUAAAGUGGUAAUCAAUGUAAACACUUUAGUUUACAGAGAAUUUAAGCAUUCAUAUCUCCAGAAAAUAACUUUAAGUGUGAUUCUAUUAAAAAAUAACACAUACAAACAUA